AUGCCGAUAAUAAACAUGUUAUGCCGCCAUGCCUUGGUUCCGGAAGCAGAAUUAUAUCUAGGUCGGAUGUUAAAGUUUGACGUGUGUCCCGAUGUGUACGUCUUCACAUCACUUAUUCUCGGUUAUGGUAGAUACAAGCAUAUCAAAUCCGGGUUUAGGGUGUGGAAAGAAAUGACGGAUCAAGGGAUUACACCAAAUGCCUUGACAUAUAACCACUUAAUAAACGCGUUGUGCCAUGUUGUGAGGGUUGAUGACGCCCUAGACAUGCUAAACACAAUGAUCAGGAAUGGAAACCUAAACAAGGGUAUGAUGUUAUUGAGCAAAGUGACCAACGUAGGCCCUUUGCCAAUGGUUGCUUCUUAUAACAUACUGAUGUAUGGAUGCAUCGAGCAAAUGGAUCUAAACAAUGCAAUAAGAUUAUUGAGUUUGAUGAAGGAAAAUGGAUUGAAACCAGAUCAAAGGACUUACGGUGUACUCAUUUACGGGUUUUGCAAAGCGGGGGACCUUGAUGGAGGUUUAGCUCUUUUUGGAGAAAUGGUGGAGCAAAAGGUGAUGCCUAAUGAGUAUCAUUAUACCUCUUUAAUAGAUGCUCACAUUAAGCAAGAUGAAGUAGAAGCUGUCCUCUUUUUGCUAAGAGAAGAAGGUUGUAGGCCAGAGGCUGAAGCUUACAAUUCAAUUAUAGAUUGUUGUUGUAAAAGGAAUCGAUUAAGGGAAACAAUACAAGUAUUUAUGACGAUGGGAGAGAAAGAAGUUGCUCCGAACGAAGAUACCUACAAAACUUUAGUGGAUGGGCUGUGUCAAGAUGUUGGUUUGAAUCAUGUCAAGGUGGUGAUUUGUUGUCUUUACAAGAGAGGGGAAACGAGUAAGGGUAUUGAGUUAUUAGAGUACUUGUGA